CAUUAGAAGAAGAUGGUAGUAAUGCUGAUAUAGUCUUCAUUUGUAAGGAUUGUAAGAAAGAUUACAAUAAUAAUGUUCUUCCUCAUUGUGAAGAAUGUAGUAGAUUAAAUUCUCGCCUAGAAAAUAAAACUAAGGAGUUGUCUUCUAAAAAUGAAGAAAUAGAUACCCACCUAGAAGCUUUAGAAAUUGUUGAAGACUGA